AUGGCAGAGAGAAAUAGAUUCAAAUACUUUCGAACCAACAAAGUGGGAAGAACAAGCCAGCUAGAUGAAGAAACUGCCUUCUUUGAAAGGAAAGAAGAAGGGUCUCCUAGGAAGAUAAUUUAUCGCAAUGAGUGUCCUAAUGAGCUGAAAGCCUUCGAAGACUGCAUGAAGAGCACAGGAAACAACCUCAGCGCAUGUGCUUCACAAAACUUAGCCCUUGGAACGUGUGGAAAGCACUUUUUUAAAGUCAUAAACGGAAUGUCGCAGCCAUACGAUUAUCAUAAAGGACUUCCUAAAUAA